AUGAUCGAAGGAAACUUGCUCCAGAGGCUAGACAAGGCCAUUAACAUCGACGUGGACGAUGUGAACACGGAGUUCAUCAAAACUCUCCGCAUCACUCCCAAGAAUCGUGAGUUCCCCAUCCUUAGGGUCAAAAUUCGAAAAUCUCUGACACCGAAGCAUGCCGGUCUGCUGGAUGACUUGAUUCGCAAACACGGGCAGGACGGCUGGGAGCGUGUCUAUGACAUUGCUGCUGUUCACUUGUGUGCUGCCAACAUUCCCUACAUUAGUGGGCGAGUGCUGGUUCAAGUGUCACUCCGUUUUAUCCAAGACAAGGAAGCCGUCAUAAAUCAGGCACGCUUCUUUGCCAAUACUUUUGAGUCGCUAGGUGUCGCCAGAGACCGCUUCGUUAUCAAAGUGCCAUUUUCUGGCCCCGCAGCUUCAGCCGCAAAAGUGCUCAACGCGGAAGGCAUUAGGACCUUGGCCACCGCCGUAUUCUCUCUCGAGCAGGCGAUUGCCGCAUCCCAGUCCAAUUGUCUGUUCAUUAGUCCCUACUUCAACGAGAUUGCGACCCACCUGGACUCAUCACUCAUUCCAACUCCUGAGGAUCCAGCACUUGAGCAUCCCAUGUCAGCUAGGGUAGUCCACAUCCUUCACACUUUCGCCGAGGCGUACUUAGCGACUGGUAAGGAGCAGCCCAUCAUGGUGAUUGGCAGCAACCAUGGUAUUCAGGAGCUCUUCGCAAUGGCCGAACUCGGAUGUCAGCACGUGACUAUCUCUCCUCGCGAUCUGGUAGCGCUGCAGGAGACCGCAGACGAUCUUGCUCCUAUUACUUCGCAGAAGCCGACGCAUCCUUACGCAGCUUACAAGGUGGUAGAGAGGCUUCAAACUCUAUUAGCUAUAGACCCGCUGGCUGGGCCCAGCUGGGACGGAAAGCUGGCAUCUUUCGAGACGGACUAUUUAUCCGACGGUGGUGAGCGGCUGAACAAAGUCUUACAAGAGGAUAAUGCAGCCCGCAAACGCUUUCAAGAUGCUACCAAGUUUUUUCUCGACGCUGAAAAUCGAGCAAGGACCUAUAUUGAGGACAGAAUCUCUGCUUUAGCAGAGUCUAGAGCCUGA